AGUGGUGUGGGCCAGGGCAGGCAGGAGGCUGGCGCUGUUGGCACAGGAGCGUGGAUUGGCGGCCAGGAGUGGCUAUGGCACUCUGCCCCAAAAAGCAGUACUGGGACUCCUUGAAGAGAACCUGUGUCUCCUGCGUGUUAACCUGCAGCCAGAGGAGCCAGCGCACCUGUACAGACUUCUGCAAAUUCAUCAACUGCAGAAAAGAGCAAGGCAAGUACUAUGACCAUCUCCUGGGGACCUGUGUCAGCUGUGACUCCACCUGCACACAGCACCCUCAGCAGUGUGCACAGUUCUGUGAGAAAAGGCCCAGAAGCCAGGUGAACCUCCAGUCCGAGCUCAGGAGACCAGAGACCCGGGAGGUGGAAGCCAGGCCGGAUAACUUAGGAAGGUACCAGGGGUCAGAGCACAGUCCAGGAUUGAGGAUGAACAGUGACCAGCUGACUCUCUACUGCACCCUGGGGGUCUGCCUCUGCGCCAUCUUCUGUUGUUUCUUGGUGGCCUUGGCCUCCUUCCUCAGGCGUAGAGGAGAGCCACUUCCCAGCCAGCCUGCCGGGCAGCGUGGGUCACAAGCAAACUCUCCCCACGGGCCCAUGACAGAGGCUCGCAAUGAGGUGGCCAUGCCACCCCAGCCUGUCGAAACGUGUAGCUUUUGCUUCCCGGAGCGCAGUUCGCCCACUCAGGAGAGUGCACCACGCUCACUCGGGAUUCACGGCUUUGCGGGCACUGCCGCCCCGCAGCCCUGUAUGCGCGCAUCUGUCAGCGGCCUGGCUGUUGUACGCACGCCCACCGGGGACGAGCGUCCAGGAGCUUGACAGCCAGAAAA